AUGGCGGCGCUGAGCGGCGGCGGCGGUGGCGGAGGCGGCGCGGAGCAGGGCCCUCUUCUCUUCAACGGGGACAUGGAUCCCGAGGCUGGUGCCGGCUCGGCCUCCUCCGCAGAGCCGGCCAUCCCUGAGGAGGUGUGGAAUAUCAAACAAAUGAUUAAAUUAACCCAGGAACACAUAGAGGCCCUAUUGGACAAAUUUGGAGGAGAACAUAAUCCACCAUCAAUCUAUCUGGAGGCCUAUGAAGAAUAUACCAGCAAGCUAGAUGCACUUCAACAACGUGAACAACAAUUAUUAGAGUCCAUGGGGAAUGGAACUGAUUUUUCUGUUUCUAGCUCAGCUUCAACAGACACAGUUACAUCAUCUUCCUCUUCUAGCCUUUCAGUGGCACCUUCAUCUCUUGCAGUUUUUCAGAAUCCCACAGAUGUGUCAAGAAGCAACCCUAAGUCACCGCAGAAACCAAUUGUUAGAGUCUUCCUUCCCAACAAACAAAGGACUGUGGUACCAGCAAGAUGUGGAGUGACAGUCCGAGAUAGUCUAAAGAAGGCAUUGAUGAUGAGAGGUCUGAUCCCAGAAUGUUGUGCUGUGUACAGAAGACAGGAUGGAGAGAAGAAGCCUAUUGGCUGGGACACUGAUAUUUCCUGGCUUACUGGAGAAGAACUGCAUGUAGAAGUUUUGGAGAAUGUUCCCCUAACGACACACAAUUUUGUACGGAAGACAUUUUUCACUUUAGCAUUCUGUGACUUUUGUCGAAAGCUGCUUUUCCAAGGUUUCCGCUGUCAGACAUGCGGUUACAAAUUUCACCAACGCUGUAGCACAGAGGUUCCACUGAUGUGUGUUAAUUAUGACCAGCUUGAUUUGCUGUUUGUCUCCAAGUUCUUUGAACACCACCCAAUACCGCAGGAGGAGGCCUCCUUAGGAGAGACCACCCUUACGUCGGGAUCAUCCCCUUCAGCACCCCCCUCAGAUUCUAUUGGGCCUCCAAUUCUUACCAGUCCGUCGCCUUCAAAAUCCAUUCCAAUCCCACAGCCCUUUCGACCAGCAGAUGAGGAUCAUCGGAACCAAUUUGGACAACGUGACCGGUCCUCAUCAGCUCCCAAUGUGCAUAUAAACACAAUAGAGCCUGUCAAUAUUGAUGACUUGAUUAGAGACCAAGGGUUACGGGGUGAUGGAGCCCCUUUGAACCAACUGAUGCGCUGUCUUCGGAAAUACCAAUCCCGGACUCCCAGUCCCCUCCUACAUUCUGUCCCCAGUGAAAUAGUGUUUGAUUUUGAGCCUGGCCCAGUGUUCAGAGGGUCAACAACAGGCUUGUCUGCCACCCCUCCUGCUUCCUUGCCUGGAUCUCUAACUAAUGUGAAAGCAUUACAGAAAUCUCCAGGACCUCAGCGUGAAAGAAAAUCUUCAUCAUCUUCGGAAGACAGGAAUAGAAUGAAAACCCUUGGUCGACGGGACUCAAGUGAUGAUUGGGAGAUUCCAGAUGGUCAGAUCACAGUUGGACAAAGGAUAGGAUCGGGAUCAUUUGGAACAGUCUACAAGGGGAAAUGGCAUGGUGAUGUAGCUGUGAAAAUGUUGAAUGUGACAGCACCCACACCUCAGCAAUUACAGGCCUUCAAAAAUGAAGUAGGAGUGCUCAGGAAAACACGACAUGUUAAUAUCCUACUCUUUAUGGGUUAUUCAACAAAACCACAGCUGGCCAUUGUCACACAGUGGUGUGAAGGCUCCAGCUUAUAUCACCAUCUACAUAUCAUUGAGACCAAAUUUGAGAUGAUCAAACUAAUAGAUAUUGCACGGCAAACAGCACAAGGCAUGGAUUAUUUACAUGCCAAGUCAAUCAUCCACAGAGACCUCAAGAGUAAUAAUAUAUUUCUUCAUGAAGACCUCACAGUAAAAAUAGGAGAUUUUGGUCUGGCUACAGUGAAAUCUCGGUGGAGUGGCUCCCAUCAGUUUGAACAGUUGUCUGGAUCCAUCUUGUGGAUGGCACCAGAGGUCAUUAGAAUGCAGGAUAAAAACCCAUAUAGCUUUCAAUCAGAUGUAUAUGCAUUUGGGAUUGUUCUGUAUGAGUUGAUGACAGGACAGUUACCUUACUCAAACAUCAACAACAGGGACCAGAUAAUUUUUAUGGUGGGGCGAGGAUACCUGUCUCCAGAUCUCAGCAAGGUGCGGAGUAACUGUCCAAAAGCCAUGAAACGGUUAAUGGCAGAGUGCCUGAAGAAGAAGAGGGAUGAAAGGCCACUUUUUCCCCAGAUUCUUGCCUCCAUUGAACUUCUGGCCCGCUCAUUGCCAAAAAUUCACCGCAGUGCAUCUGAACCUUCAUUGAAUCGGGCUGGCUUCCAAACAGAGGAUUUUAGUCUGUAUGCUUGUGCUUCUCCAAAAACGCCCAUCCAGGCAGGGGGAUAUGGAGAAUUUGCCGCCUUCAAGUAG